AUGGACUUGUCCCGCAUCUUCGACUCUAUUCUUGACACGCAGCCGGACGCGACCAUAGACCCAUUCGAACAAUACCUCGACCUCUCUUUCGCGACCCCGCUCACCCCUGUCAUCAACCCACCACCCUUCGACUUUGAUCAAUGGUGCCAAUCUCAGCCUACUGCAUACAUACCAUUGUCCGACACUCUUAACAAAUCCACCGAAGGUGUCCAGCUAUUGUUCCAAGACAAGCCCUGUCUGUCCGCCGUCUUUUCAAACCUCACGCUGACGGAUUCUUACGGCAUGAUCAUGCCAUUGUCGCUGACCCAAGGUCUCCCACCUGUCCCUGUCGCUUCGCAGGCUCUCCAGCUGCCAUCGACCCCCCAGCUGCUAUCGGCGCCUUCAUUUUCGUCGUAUUCGAUUUAUGAAGAUGCUCUAGGUCUGACCUGGCCGACUUCUGAUGUAACUUUUGAGGACUUUGACAUGCAGGACCUGUCGUUCUUGGAUGUGCCUUUCCUCCCCAUUACUGCUGUCGCGACGACUUCAACUGCUCCCGCGCCUCUCCUCGACUUUCAGUCUCAGCCUAACCUGCUUUUCCUAGACACCAGCGACAGCUAUACCGCCAACAACAGCAACAACAACAUCAUUGACGGUCUCGGCACCGCCGCUGCCCCAGUCGGUUCCAGCUCCACCAAGCUCGAAUAA